UUGAAGAUUCAAAUUGUUUGGUUUUUGAAGAUGGCGAUAUUUUCUGCGGCUGACAGGCGUCGCACAGCAACGUACGAAUCGGGUGUAAACAACAUGGUUCGAAUUACUGAAGAUCUCGUUCGUAAAAGAGCAGAGCAUAACAAUUGUGAGUUAUCGACGCUUGAGGAAGUAUCCUUGCAUCAGUUGGAUAUCGAGAGGAUUGAAAUUUUAGAUAAAGUUUGUCGUGAAUUGAAGAUUCUCUAUCUGCAAAGCAACCUAAUUCCUAAGAUUGAAAAUGUUGGUAGAUUGAAGAAACUAGAGUAUCUCAAUUUAGCCUUGAAUAACAUUGAAAAGGUUGAGAACUUACAAGGAUGUGAAUCGCUGCAGAAGUUAGACUUGACUGUCAAUUUUGUUGGAGAAUUGACCAGCAUCGAGAGUUUAAGGGUUAAUUAUCGCCUGCAAGAAUUGUUUCUGACUGGCAAUCCUUGCACACAAUUCACAAGUUAUAGAGAAUAUGUGAUAACAACAUUGCCUCAUUUGAAAACAUUGGAUGGAAAAGAGAUUGAAAAAUCUGAAAGGAUUUUGGCAAAACAAGAUUAUGACAACAUUGUUAGAUGUAUUGUUGAUCAAGAGAAUGAUUACAAAAAGGAAAUUGAGAGUAAAAGAAAUCAACAAGGAGAUGAGGAAAGAGACCAUUUGUCAAAGGAUAAAAGCAGUGAAAAUGAAAAGGACACAGAAGAUGAUGCAAGUUUCUGGCAAGAAGAAGUUGAAUACACACCAGAGUCAAGAGUUGAAAUUCAUAAGCAUAUGGAAGAAAAACGAAAAAACAAAGAACAGAUUGAUAAAAGUGCAGAAAAAGCGCCAAAAGAAGUGAGAUUCUUCGCUAAAGACGGCAGACCUUUGAAUAUAAACCAGGGGAAACUCGACUUUAAUUUCACUGAUGACGAGGAAAACAAUGUGUUUCUUUUUGACCUCGCCUGUCCGAGGUAUCUGGAUACCUCCUUAAUCAAUGUUGAUGUACAAAUGAACUAUGUUCGAGUGAUAGUUAAGGGAAAGAUAAUGCAGCUAGCGUUACCAGAAGAGAUCAAACCUGACUCAAGCACAGCUAAGCGUUCACAGGUUACAGGGCAUCUUCUCUUGACUAUGCCGAAGUUAAAAGGAAUUAUUCGACCAAAACAAGAGAGGAAAGCCAUGCCCAAAGAAAGUCUGAAUGAAGGCAAAAUAAACGGCAAAUAUAUGACAGGAAAACAGCAGGAGAAACUAGAGGUUGAUCCAAGCGUAAGAAAGGAUGUCGACUUUGGUAACAUCGUUUGCGAUAAGAGCAAGGAUUUGGAAAAGAAGUACUCUUCAGGACGGAAAUGUGCCGAUGAAGAAGUGGAAGAUGAGGAAUUUGUUGACGAUCCAGACGUUCCUCCGCUUAUUUAGGAUCGACACCAUACGAAGCGUUAGACCAAAUAUUACUGUGAGAAAUAUCCCCUAGGUCCCUGUUUUCAUGUCCCUGAGGUUCCCUCGUUAUCCACACGGACAGAAGGGGAAACGGGUCAGAACAAAGAAACUUUGACACAACCCUAACUUGUCAACUCAGGCAUGCAGAUAGACGUGACAUAAUAUAUUGAUAUUGUCGCUGUUCUGUUGUUGUUGUUCCAUACUCUUCCCGCACCAUUUCCAUAUGUUUGUGAAAUACAAAAAUUCAACAUUU